GAGCCGAUCGUCGAGCGCCUCAUCCAUACAGCGAAACAUGAUAUUCACCGCUCGGCAGAUGUCUGUGGACGCGGACACAUCCAGUCUGGACUUGUCGUACCUCAAUCUGGACACCAACUCCGUCGGCGCCAACAUGACUCAGUUCACCGCCGGCCCCACCACUGACACCACCGCCCCCGCCGGCAACAACCAAUUGGCCACGAUCAAUUUGAGUGGCAAUCGACUCACUGCCAUACCGUAUCAGUUGACCGCCUAUACCCACCUGCAAAUGCUAGACCUGUCCCAUAAUCAAUUGACCGAGAUUUGUGAUACCGUAUGCCAAUUAACUCAAUUGCGAACACUCAUAUGCGCUAACAAUCGCCUUGAUGAAAAUAGUUUGCCCAAAGACUUUGGCCAAACAUUCGCCAACUCCUUGUCGGUGCUAUCGUUGGGCGGAAAUAUGUUUAAGGCAAUACCUGCACAGAUCCUGGAGCUCAAGUCGCUGAAGUCCCUCUACUUGGGCAGCAACGCCAUCGAGUCGGUGCCGCGCGAUAUACACCGACUCGAGUCCCUACGGGUGCUCUAUUUGGGCGGCAAUCAGUUGGAAGAGAUGCCCGAAGAGGUGGGCCGUCUGCAGCACUUGGAAUCGCUGUCUCUGUGCGAGAACCGACUGCGAGCCCUACCGUCGACUAUCGCCCAAUUGAAAUCGCUUCGGUCGCUGGCCCUCCACCGCAACUGUCUGACCACUUUGCCGCCCGAAAUCGUCAAAUUACGUUAUCUCAUGGAACUCUCCCUCCGAAACAAUCCACUCGUCAUGCGUUUCAUCAGAGAUAUGAUGUACGACGUGCCCAGUCUUAUGGAGCUGUCGGCGCGCGCUAUCAAAUUGAACAAGCUCCAUUACAGCGGCCAAGAGUUGCCCAACUGUAUGAUCAAUUAUCUCAAUAGCGCCCACCGUUGCGUUAAUCCCAAGUGCAAAGGUGUGUACUUCGAUUCACGUAUUGAACACAUAAAGUUCGUGGACUUCUGCGGCUCAUACCGGUUGCCACUCCUGCAGUACCUGUGCUCUCCCCAGUGCUCCGACAGCUCUGUGUCAUCGCUUGCCCGCAGCAGCAGUUCCGACGACGAGUCCGACACCAAUACCUACGAAGAGAUGAUCACUGAAUUCAGGCUCAAGAGAGUGUUGUUGGGCUAAUGCGAGUCGUGAUUGCAUUCUUCGAGCCAUUCAUUACAUGAUUUAAACGCUAUUAAUGUUAUAAUUAAACCAAAAAUAUUAUUGAUUAUCGACUCAACUCUCGAUUAAUUCACAA